AUGAGAAAAACUGUGAGGGAGAGAAAGGGGAAUUGCUCAAUCAAACUUAGGAGCUGCCAUCGUCGCCUGCUUUAACUCUACCAUUACUGGGCUCGCUUGUGUUUCAAUUGUGGCCUUUCCAUGGGUACCAUGAUGCUACAGUCAACUUUUCCAAUUCGGGAGAAAAAGAUCCAUGAAAGCUCGUUUUUUACUCUUGCAACUGGUCUAGUCCAGAACUGUUGCUGUGAGCCGAGUUUCAGUAUGCAGACAUCAAAGAUUGGCUUUAACUCUGUGCCUUCUUUUCCGCAAAGGAGAUUUCAGUCAAGAAAGCAUCGAUUGGGAUUAGCCUUUGCCUUGGACACAGGUGGGGUUCCUGAUAAUGGUGGCCAAGAGAGCGUCAAUGACAACAACUUCAAUGGUCUCAAUCGCACUCGUUUAGGUCGGAUAGUGACUGCAGCCGGAAAACAGCUAUUAGAGAAGCUGAACUUAGCUAGAAAAAACUUCCCCAUGAAGAUAUUUCUACUUCUGUUGGGUUUCUACACAGCAAAUGCAUUGGCCACAAUCCUUGGGCAGACGGGAGAUUGGGAUGUCUUGGUUGCAGGAAUUGUGGUUGCUGCCAUUGAAGGUAUUGGUAUGCUUAUGUAUAGAAAGUCCACUUCCCCUUCUUUAUCAAGUGGGAAGCUCAAGUCUUUUGUCAUGCUGAUGAAUUACUGGAAAGCUGGUGUGUGCUUAGGCCUCUUUGUGGAUGCUUUUAAAUUGGGUAGUUAG